AUGCACCCGUUCGCGUCCUAUGUCCUUAGGUGCUACUACAAGGCAACAGGAUGGAACGAAGACAACCUCUACGCCAACAUUACCCGCUCGUCCAAUGCCAUCCUCGACUUUACCAUACCACGGGGACUUCACUUCUCCAUCUCCAAGUCCCCUAAUUCGCUGUUCAACACAUCGUACUCGAUGAAUGCUAUGCCCUCUCUUAAUGGCUCGAUAGGCUACGUUUUCACGUCCUGCGAUCUUAAUGUCCAGAACUCGGGUGAUGUCCACCUCAAGGACAUGAUUGAGCGUUUUCGUGUCUACGAUCAACCGAAACGACCAGCAACAGACGACUAUGAGGGAGAAUGGAAAGCUGGAGAGAAAGUACAUAAACGUGACUACCUUCUCUAUGGACGAUUAUACCUCCCCACCGGCCGCCUGGAUGCCCUUUACUCUGCUCGUCUGACUCCGACCCUCCAGGCGCUCAUAGCUGCUAUAUCCGACCCUCGAAAUCCGCAGAAGAGCGGCAGCAGCAACCUGAUGUUCAGCCUGCAGCAUGACGUCGGCAAGUGGUGCUCCGAGUGGACGUACAGUGCAGAGGACGGUAUGUGGGGCGCCCGGGUCCUGCACAACUUUGGACGAACGUCCUCCCCGUCGAGCAAUGUUGCAACCGAGCACGCAGUCAUGCCCGAAAUUGCCGAAGGACUGACCGACGAUGCAGCGGCCAGCCCCAAACCACGCGUGAAACGUGUGGACGAGGAAGAUGCAACGGGAGGCGGGCUGAAAGGCCGUGUAUCCAUAGGCGCUGAAUUCUACGUCAGUGCUAAAGAACGAAGUGCAGGAGUGUCCACCGGCAUCCGUUUCACAACCCUACCCGACGCAACCCCGCCCUCCUUCCAACUACCCUCCCCUGCAUCCUCUCCACUCUCUUCAUCUACGGACUCUUCAUCCCUCGCACCGCCCGGCUCAUCACCACUAUCUCCCUCCUCAUCCUCACCUCCGCAGUCGCUCUCACCCCCACUCACAUUCCCCGCCCAACCACCAACGACGAUCACAGCGCUCUUCAACCCCAUGAUGGGCCACCUCUCAGCCGCGUACGCAGCGCGCGUAUCGCGCGACCUCGCCCUCUGCUCCCGCUUCGACUUCAACGUCUACAGCUACGACAGCGAGUGGACGAUGGGCCUCGAGUGGUGGAUGCGGCGCUCGUCCUCUGCUGCCCGCCAGAGCGAGAGCCAAAGCAACGGCGGGGAUUCAGCAGCCGAAGGUCUUCUCGGCGGCGACAUCCAAAGCAACAAUAACAAGAACACCGAACAUAGGCUGAAUCUCAUCGGGAACGUCCCGGCGGCCGGGCACCCGCCCCUGCCGCUCGUCAAAGCCGACGAACCCUAUUCCGACAUCCAAGGCGUCGUCAAGGCCCGUAUUUCCACCAGCAACAACGUCUCGUUAAUGUGGGAGGGCCGCCUGAAACAGGUUCUCGUCAGCCUUGGUGUCGUGUCAGAUCUCUCGAGUCGGUCUAAGCCCAUCAAGGGCAUCGGGCUCGAAGUGUCGUACUUUAGUACCAGCUAAUUAUACCUCUCAAUAGUAAUAUUAAGACUUAAUGACUUUCGC